CGUGUUCCAAGUGAUCUCGCGUGAGUAGAAAUCGAGGGCGCGGCUGACACGGUUUAAUCGGUUCGGUGAAAAAAAGCCCACCCCUAGUACUGAUCCCUCCAUCACCCUCAUUUUAAGCAACGCGCACCGCUUGCUUGCUCGCUCGCAUUCCCCACCACCACCUCUUCCACUACCACCUGUCUGCUCUGCCCAGGCCCAGGCAUGCUCUGCAGUGACCACACUACACCACCAGCACCAGCACCAGCUCAGCUCAGCUAAGCUAAGCUUGCUAAGGAUCGGGGCGUAGACUUCGACCCCUGCUCUUCUGCUCUGCUACGAAUUGGAGCAGCGGAUCAUGGCCUCGCCCAAGACUAACCAUCGAGGUGCAGCUCCAACCAAGGCAAGGACGACGAAGACGCGCCCUCUGCUGCUGCGGCGGGCGAUGCUGCAUUCCUGCCUCUGCUUCCUCCUUGGUCUAUUCACCGGCCUCGCCCCUUCCGACUGGACCGACGCCGCCUCCCGCGCAGCCGCCAGCGCCCACGUCCUCCGCGCGCUGCACGCCGUCCGCGCCAUCAAGCACACGACCUCGUCGCUCCUGCUCCACCGUCACCAGGUCGAGGCCCCAGCCCCACCGGCGCCGCAGCUUCUGGUGGUGGUCACGACGACGGGGCAGUCGGAGCGCGAGCGGCGCGCGGCGGGGCUGACGCGCACGGCGCACGCGCUGCGGCUGGUGUCGCCGCCCGUGGUGUGGCUGGUGGUGGAGCCCGCGCGGGAGGCGCCGCCCACGGCGCGGCUGCUGCGCGGCACGGGGGUGGUGUACCGGCACGUGACGUACAAGGAGAACUUUUCGUCGGACGCCGCCGGGGGCAUCAAUGGAGAGGAGCGGCACCACCAGAGGAACGUGGCGCUGGGGCACAUCGAGCAGCACCGGCUGCGCGGCUUCGUUCUCUUCGCGGGCCUCGGCGACGUCUACGACCUCCGCCUCUUGGAGCAGCUGCGCCAGAUCAGGACGUUUGGUGCGUGGCCAGUGGCGACAGUACAUGUGUGGGAGCAGGAGAAGAGAGUGGCACUGGAAGGGCCCGUCUGCAGCAGGUCCACGUCGACCGCCGGCUGGUUCUCCACCCGCACAUGGUCCACCGCAGACGAUGGGGAAGCGACUAGGCCGGUGGUCAGAACAAGGCCCUCGCUGGCGGACGUGGACGUCCACGGGUUCGCCUUCUGCAGCGACCUGCUCUGGGACCCUGCCAGGUGGGACCGCUUCCCCACAUCAGAGCCCGACCAAUCACAGGAUUCCAUCAAGUUUGUGCAACGAUUGCUCGUGGAGGACUACAACAAAACGAGGGCAAUGCCUGCUGAUUCCAACUGUUCACAAAUCAUGGUCUGGCGUGUCGACACUACGCUGCUCUAGCUCUAUUUGUUGGCGCUGGCCUUUGCAUCUCAAUUCCUUCCAUCCAUCAGCACUGCAAACCAAGCUACGACGUGCAAGAUGCAUAACAGAUGGACCCAGUACAACUAUCUAGUCUAGCUACACGCUUAUACGUCGACACGAAUAUAUAGAUCCAUCUAUAUUUGCCUACGUAUAGAUAAUUUCCUAAUACGUACGAGCUCAAUAAAGAUAAAGGAAGGAAGAAGAUCAAAACGAGUUUACUUCUUUCUUUCUGUCAUGUAGUUGUUUGGAUCAUCAGAAUAUAUGUACAUGACCAACCUACACAAAUUGUAUUCCUCUACUCUUGCAAAUCAUGUAAUAGAAAUAUUACAAUUGUUGAUAUAUAUUUCUUCUCAAAAAUUAUCAAUGACUUUCAAUU